AUGGCGAGAAAUGAUAGAGACCCAACACUCUCAGGACAAGAACAUGGUGGUGGUGUCUUCAUUGCCAUUAAACGCCACAUUCAUGCUGAUUUAAUACCCAUUGAUGAUUGCAACCUGGAACUCGUCUUCGUUAAAAUUAAAGGUACUGUAUCUGAUAUAAUCGUUGGCUGUGUUUACAUGCCUCCUCUUACGUCAUACGAAGAAUACCAUAGUCUACUCACAACUCUUACACACGUUAAUGAAAAGUUCAUAAAUGCCAAAUUACUACUUGUAGGUGAUUUUAACUUGCCAAGUAGCGUCCCUCGAGCUGACUGUGACAAAUCUGUUCAUGAUGGUCUCGCUCUACUGGAAUGUACUCAAAUAAAUAGCCUAUGCAACUACAAUAAUAAUCUACUGGAUCUUUGUUUUAGCAACGUUGAAGCCAGUAUUGAUAAAGCUCUACCAUUCGUUUCAGAGGAUAAAUAUCAUCCUGCUUUUACUGUGUAUCUUGAAUUUCAACCUAAUCUAACACCUCUUAGCCCAGCUACUUACUCUUUCAAGAAAGCUGACUAUCAUAACCUCAACACUUUUUAUCAUCAAGUCAACUGGAUUGAACUAUAUGAAACUGACACCGUAGAAAACAAAGUCAAAUGGUUUUAUAGCAAACUUGAAGAAGGCAUUUCUCGGUAUGUGCCUGUUCACAGAAAGUUUGUUAGUACUUAUCCCUGCUGGUUCUCUUAUGAACUCAUAAACAAAAUAAAGCUUAAGAAAUCUGCACACUCUCAAUACAAAAAAAUGAAAAAUCAACAGAACUACACCCGUUUCAGUAUACUGAGACGGGAUUGUAAAAUAUUAAGUGCCGAAUACUACAGAAAUUAUGUUGACAAAAUCGAAAACAUGGUUCAGACCGAUACUAAUGCCUUCUGGAAGUUUAUCAAGGAUAAAAAACAUAACAAUACUGACAUCCCUUCUUCAAUGUCCUGGAUCAACCAAUCAGCAUCUACUGGACAAGAUAUUAGUAACCUCCUAGUUGAUCGGCGUCAGGUUGCAGACCUAACGUUUUUCUACAAAGUUGCGAAUGGGCAAAUUGAUGCACCUGAAAUCCUCAGCAGCUUUGAGUUUGCCCCCUCUACACUAUCACUCAGGCAUAAUCGCCUAUUAAAAACGACAAAGACACAUAAAAAUUACGUCUUCCGUGAGCCGCAUAACAGGAUCGCCAACCUCGUCAACUCUUUGCACACAGACAUCAACUUCUACGGUGGUACCUAUCAAGCUUUCAUCACGAAUACCAAAAACAAAAUACUUCCCUAUCGUUGA